UCCCUGAUGGAUGCGCAGAACUUGCGGAUCGAGGAGCUUUUGCAGAAGAUCAAGCAGCAGCAGUACAAGCUGGACAAGCAGAAUCUGGUCAAUCUACUGAUCCCUUUACACCUGAAGGACAACAAAACGCAGUCUCCAAAGUGGAAGAUAAACCUGAAGAAGAGCCUCAGCCUCACUAAUCAGAGCCAAAACGCCAGCGGGGACCCUGUGCUGACGCCGAAGCUCCCAGCAGAUUGCCACCAGCUCUUCCUGGCCGGGCAGCAAAGCAGUGGUGUUUUCCAGGUGCAGCCCGCAGGGUCUCAGCCCUUCAGAGUCUACUGCGACAUGACUGCAGAAGGUGGCUGGACAGUGAUCCAGAGGCGCACGGAUGGCUCUGUGGACUUUGACCAGCUUUGGGAUGCCUACAAGAAUGGCUUUGGAGACCUUCACGGUGACUUCUGGCUGGGCCUAGAGAAGAUACAUCACCUUGUCCAAGAGGGGAGAUAUGAUCUCCUGAUUGAGCUGGAAGACUGGGAGGGAAAUUCCCAGGUGGUUCAGUUUGUCUUCAGCCUUGGUGGUGAGAGCACAGCCUACACACUCAGCCUGCUGGGACCUCUGGCUGGAGAGCUGGAAAACGCUAUCGGGGACUUCAGGCAGCUGCCCUUCUCCACUCGGGAUCGUGACCACGACCUCAAAGCCGACACAAACUGUGCCAAACACCUCUCAGGUGGCUGGUGGUUCAGCACCUGUGGCCAUGCCAACCUCAACGGGAAGUAUUUCCGCUCCAUCCCCCGCCAGAGGCACGAGCGCAAGCAGGGCAUCUUCUGGAAGACAUGGAAGGGCAGGUAUUACCCGCUGAAGUCAACCACCAUGAAAAUCCAACCCGCAGCGCUGGAAGCAGAGCCCUAAAACUGCCACUUGAGACUUGACCUUCUCUGUGGAGCACAGACCUGAGCUCCAUCACUUGAUGUUUACAGAAAACAAGC